AUGGAUUUGUUGCUUUCAGAAUAUAUGAUCACUUACGAGCCGGCGAAAGUAGUUAAUGGGCAAGCAGUGACAGAUUUCUUGGCAGCUCAUCCUGUGACAGAUAGUGAAAUUGUUGCUGAUGAAUUUCUUGAUGAACAAAUUAUGAUGAUUGAAUCACCAAACUCAUGGCAGAUGUAUUUCGAUAGCACUUCUCGAAUGAUAGCACAGAGAAAAGGACAUCAAUUUUAUCCGACAUGUGAUAAUAUUCGUUACGGUAUCUCGAAGAAAAUCAUCACCGAUAAUGGUACUCCUUUCAAGAAUAGGGGCAUGGAAAAGUUGUGUCAAAAAUUCAGUAUUCACCACUCAUUUUCAACACCUUACUAUCCACCGGCCAAUGGAUUAGUAGAGGCAUUUAACAAGAUGAUUGUGAAAAUACUGAAGAAGACAGUGACUGGAAAUAAGCAUGACUGGGAUGAAAAGUUGCAAGAGGCUCUCUGGGCUUACAGGACUCCUCAUCGGACGACAACAAAAGCUACGCCGUAUUCGUUGGUUUAUGGCAUAGAGUCUGUCAACCCGAUUGAAACACAAAUCGCAUCACUCAAAGUAGCAAUGCAUCAGUCAAUUACAGAUGAUGAAAAUGUGAAAAUAAGGCUGACAAAAUUAUAUUUGUUCACUGAAAAAUGA